AGCCACGUAUGCAAAUCUCAAGGAAGAGGGAGAGCUCAGCUAAAGAUCUCUUCUCUUCCUCUCUGUAUCUCUCUCUUUCUUUCUCUCUCCUCACAUUAUUUUCUUUUCUCUCUCUUCUCCUCCACCCAAAAAUCUGUAGAAACAAUCUUCUUCAAAUUCCUUACAAGAUUUUCACGCACCCACUUUCAGAAAAUUACCACUGCAGGACAAAUAGUUGGCGGUAGUAUCUGCUUACUAUUUAAUUAGUGAAAUUUUACAUUCCCAUAUUCUGCAGAUUGUUUCAGUCAGUGAUACCUUGAAGCUCUGGGGUGGUUUUGCAAGUUAGAAGUUCUGGACCAUCCUUUGCUUUGGGAUCCAAGAAUGUUGAAUUACAAUCUGUGGAUCCUUGAUUGGUAGUGGUACUUUCUGGCCUUACUUGUGAGCAGCCUCUCAUACCGUAAAAAUUCUUGGAUUAACAACAGUUAUAUGGCUGCUACAUGCGAAAGGUGGAUUGAUGGCCUUCAAUUCUCCUCAUUAUUUUGGCCUCCCCCUCAAGAUGCACAGCAACGGAAGGCUCAAAUUACUGCCUAUGUUGAGUACUUUGGUCAAUUCACAUCAGAACAAUUUCCUGAAGAUAUAUCUGAGCUGAUACGGCACCGGUACCCAUCCAAGGAAAAUCGACUUUUUGACGAUGUUUUAGCAACUUUAGUUCUUCACCACCCAGAGCAUGGCCAUGCUGUAAUUCUUCCAAUUAUUUCAUGCAUCAUUGAUGGAACACUGGACUAUGACAAAAGUUGUCCGCCUUUUGCUUCUUUCAUAUCAUUGGUUUGCCCAAGCAGUGAGGUACUCAGAAUCUUGAACUAUCAAUUUGAAGGAUUGAGCCAUAAGGAAUAUUCAGAACAGUGGGCUCUUGCAUGUGGAGAGAUUUUACGAAUUUUGACACACUACAACCGCCCGAUUUACAAAGUUGUGCAACAGGAAGGAGGAGCAGAUAGAAGCAGUGGAGGAAGCCAUGCUUCAACAAGUAAAUCUGCUGAUAGCGAACCUAGUUUUCCCUCUAUGCACCACGAGAGGAAACCGCUGAGGCCGUUGUCUCCAUGGAUUACUGAUAUUCUGCUCGCCGCACCUCUAGGUAUUAGAAGUGAUUACUUCCGUUGGUGUGGUGGUGUUAUGGGGAAGUAUGCUGCCGGAGAAUUAAAGCCGCCAUCAACUGAUUUUAUCGUAGCUUCUUCUCGUGGCUCUGGAAAGCAUCCUCAGUUAAUCCCUUCAACUCCGAGGUGGGCAGUUGCUAAUGGUGCUGGUGUUAUUUUAAGUGUUUGUGAUGAGGAAGUUGCUCGUUAUGAGACUGCUACCUUGACUGCAGUGGCCGUCCCUGCUCUUCUGCUUCCACCUCCCACAACACCCAUGGAUGAGCAUCUUGUUGCAGGGCUACCAGCACUUGAGCCGUAUGCACGAUUGUUUCAUCGGUACUAUGCAAUUGCUACUCCAAGUGCGACCCAGAGGCUUCUUCUUGGACUUUUAGAAGCUCCACCGUCAUGGGCUCCAGAUGCACUUGAUGCUGCUGUUCAACUAGUGGAACUUCUUCGAGCAGCUGAAGAUUAUGCUUCUGGCUUGCGGCUUCCUAGGAAUUGGAUGCAUUUGCAUUUCUUGCGUGCAAUUGGAAUUGCAAUGUCCAUGAGAGCAGGCAUUGCUGCAGAUACUGCAGCUGCUUUACUUUUCCGAAUACUUUCACAACCUGCUCUGCUCUUUCCUCCAUUAAGACAAGUUGAAGGAACUGAAGUUCAACACGAACAGAGAGAAGUGCCUGCAGCAGAAGCCACAGUUGAAGCCACUGCACAAGGGAUUGCAUCAAUGCUUUGUGCACAUGGGCCUGAGGUUGAAUGGAGAAUAUGUACCAUAUGGGAAGCUGCAUAUGGCUUGAUUCCUUUAAGUUCAUCAGCUGUUGAUCUUCCUGAAAUUAUAGUUGCGACCCCUCUGCAACCGCCCAAUUUAUCGUGGAACCUGUAUAUACCACUACUUAAGGUUCUUGAGUAUCUUCCUCGUGGGAGUCCAUCUGAAACUUGUCUCAUGAAAAUAUUUGCUGCUACAGUUGAAGCAAUUCUUCAGAGAACGUUCCCACCUGAGCCCUCCACAGAAGAAAUCAGGAAAACCAGAUAUGUUUUUGGCUCUGCCUCCAAAAACCUUGCCGUGGCAGAAUUGCGAACAAUGGUUCAUUCAUUAUUCUUGGAGUCAUGUUCUUCUGUAGAGCUUUCUUCUCGCCUUCUUUUUGUUGUCUUAACUGUAUGCGUCAGUCAUGAAGCAAAAACAAAUGGGAGCAGAAGACCUGUAGGGAAAGAUUUUUACCGACCUAGUGAAAUGGGGAUAGACUCACUGGAAACCAGUGGAAAACAAAAAGAAAAAGUAACUAAGAAAGUGAAAAAGCAAGGACCUGUUUCAACGUUUGAUUCUUAUGUUCUUGCUGCUGUCUGUGCUCUUUCAUUUGAACUUAAGCUCUUCCCUUUGAUUUCAAGAGGGACUAAUUAUUCAGAUCCAAAAACCAUCCUCGAUGCUACAAAGUGUGCCAAUGAUUCGUCUAUUGAGUUAAGAAACGGGAUUCAGUCUGCUGUCUGUCAUACUCGGAGGAUAUUGGCAAUUCUGGAGGCGCUUUUCUCUUUGAAACCAUCGUCUGUUGGCACUUCUUGGAGUUACAGCUCAAAUGAGAUAGUUGCUGCAGCUAUGGUAGCGGCUCAUAUUUCUGAUCUGUUUAGACGUUCCAAGGCUUGCAUGCAGGCUCUUUCGAUCUUAAUACGAUGUAAGUGGGAUAAUGAAAUCCACUCCAGAGCGUCUUCACUAUAUAACCUCAUUGAUAUUCAUAGCAAAGUUGUUGCAUCAAUUGUCGACAAGGCCGAACCAUUGGAAGCACACCUAAUACCUGCACCUGUUCUUAAGAAAAGAAGCUCGUGCUUUAAUGGGAAAAAACAUAAUAAAUAUAGCAAUUGUAAUUGCUUAACUGCAGAACAGUCAUUGUUGCUCGAGUGCAAAGACUCAACUGACUGUAAGACUUUAACUAUGAAUGAGAAAGUUCUGCACUCAAGCGAGGUUGUACAAUGCACCACCGGUAAAGGGAUCGCAAGUUUCCCUAUAGAUGCUUCAGAUUUGGCCAACUUUCUAACAAUGGACAGGCAUAUAGGAUUUAAUUGCAAUGCACCAGAUCUUAUAAAGUCGGUACUCGCGGAGAAACAAGAACUAUGUUUUUCUGUUAUCUCAUUGCUGUGGCACAAGUUAAUUGCAUCACCUGAAACACAACCGAGUGCAGAAAGCACUUCCGCUCAGCAGGGAUGGAGACAGGUCGUUGACGCACUAUGCAACGUCGUAUCAGCAUUGCCUGCAAAAGCUGCAACAGCCAUUGUUCUUCAGGCGGACAAGGAAUUGCAACCAUGGAUUGCCAAAGAUGAUGAUCUUGGUCAGAAUAUGUGGAGGAUAAACCAACGAAUAGUGAAAUUGAUUGCCGAACUAAUGAGGAAUCAUGAUACACCAGAAUCUUUGGUAAUUCUGGCUAGCGCACCGGACCUCCUUUUACGGGCCACAGAUGGGAUGCUUGUCGACGGAGAAGCAUGCACCUUACCACAGCUAGAGCUUCUGGAAGUGACAGCUAGAGCAGUACAACCAGUGCUUGAGUGGGGAGAAUCUGGAUUGGCAAUUGCUGACGGCCUCUCAAACUUGUUAAAGUGUCGCUUACCGGCCACAGUUUGUUGUAUUUCUCAUCCAAGUGCUCUCGUACGUGCUCUCAGCACGUCAGUUCUUCGUGUCAUCAUGCAUGCUGGUUCAAUAAAAUCUAGUACUAAACGAGCAGAUGUAAACGGAAUCCACGGUCCUGCAUAUAAGUACUUAAGCAUUGGCCUUAUUGAUUGGCGAGCGGAUAUUGAAAAGUGUUUGACGUGGGAAGCUAACAGCCGAAUUGAAAAUGGGAUGUGUACUAAAUUUCUUGAUAUGGCUGCUAAGGAAUUAGGCUGUACUAUAUGCAUAUGAUCUAACUUAAUAUAAUGGAGGCCUAUAUUAGUUAUCUUCCCAUGCUUUGCCACAUGAAAUUCACAAGAUUAGAAAGUGACUAUCUAUUGGCAUGAGGAUAUGGAGAAAGGGCAGAAACAUAUAGAAUGAAUGAGCUUUAGUUACACAGUCAGGAAAUGAGAUUAGUGUCCUUCCGCACAUCCAUUAUUUGGUGUACGUUGGAAAUAUAGGUAGUCCUUCUCUGGUUGUAUUUUUUUAUUUUGGUUCAGUUUAUGUUUGAUGUACACCUGAAUAUGAACUUUAUUGUAAAAAUAGGAUCCGUAAUUGGUUUAAUAUUCAGUGUGACCAAAAAAAAAAGGAGUGGCUCCGCUUUGGGACCUAAGUCACCUCCUUGUAAUAAUCAUGUCUGGUUUCUUGAUAGUU